CACGAAUACGCUUAGUUAGAAACUAAAGUCUUAACUAACAACUUCAAUAUGCCAACUGUUGGUGUGAAGCGUGAUCUGCUUUUCAAAGCUCUUGGCAAAACGUACACCGAUGAUGAGUUUCAAAAACUGUGCUUCGAAUUUGGUCUCGAGCUUGAUGAGAUCACCACGGAGAAGCAAAUGAUCACGAAGGAACAGGGGCUAGUCGAUGCUGCCAAGGAUGCGUCAGAGGAAAUCAUUUAUCGGAUCGAUAUUCCAGCAAAUCGCUAUGAUUUACUGUGCCUAGAAGGGCUGGUAAUGGGUCUGCAAGUGUUUUUGGGAAAGAUUCCCUUCCCUCGCUUCACUAAAGCUUCUCCAGCGGUUAAAGGAGCACUGGAAAAGCUGAUCGUUACGAAGUCGACUGCGCAAAUUCGACCGUUUGCGGUGGCAGCAGUUUUGCGUGGCAUAUCGUUUACCAAGGAUUCCUACGAUAGUUUCAUUGACUUGCAGGACAAACUGCACCAAAACAUCUGCAGGAAGCGUGCCCUGGUCGCAAUCGGAACACAUGAUCUCGAUACGCUCAAGGGACCGUUCACGUUCGAUGCGAAGCCUCCGAAGGAGAUUCGUUUUGUGCCUCUCAACCAAGAGAAGCCCAUGACGGGCGCAGAGCUCAUGGAGUUCUACUCAACGCAUGCCCAGUUAAAGGCGUACUUGCCAAUAAUCCGUGAUUCCCCCGUGUAUCCAGUGAUCUACGACGCAAACGGGGUAGUGCUGUCACUUCCACCCAUAAUCAACGGCGAUCACUCAAAGAUCAGCUUGAACACGAAGAAUGUCUUCAUCGAGUGCACGGCAACUGAUCUCACGAAGGCACGCAUUGUGCUUGAUACGCUCGUGUGCAUGUUCUCUACGUACUGCGCCACACCCUUUAGCGUUGAGCCGUGUGCAGUAGUUUCUGCUACCGGUGAAACCAAUAUAUAUCCGGAUUUGGCGUUCCGUCGCGAAACGAUAUCUGUAGCGGAGACAAAUACCAUCAUCGGUAUUGAGGAGCCGGCCGAGCGGAUGGCCAAGCUUUUGAACCGCUUGCUACCGACCACGCAAACCGGACCAGAUACGCUCGAGGUGGAAAUUCCUCCCACCCGGCAUGAUAUGCUGCACGCGUGCGACAUCUACGAGGACGUUGCCAUCGCAUUCGGCUACAACCGUAUUCCAAAAACUCUUCCGGCCAAGAUGCACAUUGCGAAGCAGUAUCCUCUCAACAAGCUGACUGAGCAGCUGCGUGAGCAGAUUGCGCAAGCCGGUUUCACAGAGGGUCUUACGUUCACGCUCUGCUCGAGGGACGAUAUUGCGGCGAAGAUGAAUGCGAAGAUUGAGCAACUACCAGCGGUACACAUCGCCAACCCUAAAACACUCGAGUUUCAGGUUGUGCGCACGACGCUGAUCCCGGGACUGCUAAAAACGUUGGCGGCCAAUCGCAAAAUGCCACUGCCACUGAAGCUCUUUGAGGUGUCGGAUGUUGUGUUGGCCGAUGGAAAGGCAGAAGUUGGUGCAAAGAACGAGCGACGUGUUUGCGCGGUGAACUGCAACAAGACGGCCGGGUUCGAGGUAGUUCACGGUUUGCUCGACCGUGUCAUGCAACUGUUGGAGGUACCGUGGGAUCGGGCGACCGGGUACUAUCUGCAAGCGUGCGAUGAUCCGGCGUACUUCCCAGGACGUUCUGCGGCCGUAUUGUACAAAGGAUUGGACAUUGGACGCAUCGGUGUCCUACAUCCAACUGUCCUACAAGCAUUUGAACUUACUACACCUUGCUCUGCGGUAGAGUUUAAUAUGGAGUACUUUGUCUAGUU